AUGGCUUUCUUGUGGAUCCUGUCCUGUCUGGCUUUUGCCGGGGCUGCUUAUGGCUGUGGAGUUCCAGCCAUCUCCCCAGUCAUCACUGGGUACUCCAGGAUAGUCAAUGGUGAGGAGGCUGUGCCCCACUCUUGGCCCUGGCAGGUCUCCCUUCAGGACUUCACUGGUUUCCAUUUCUGCGGCGGCUCCCUCAUCAGUGAGAACUGGGUUGUGACUGCUGCUCACUGUGGUGUCAGGACCUCUCACCGUGUCAUCUUGGGAGAACAUGACCACGACUCCAACAGCGAGGCAAUCCAAACCAUGAAAGUUGGCGGAGUCUUCCAGCACCCCAGUUACAACCCUUUCACCAUCGACAACGACAUCACGCUGGUCAAGUUGGCCUCUCCUGCCAUACUCAACAGUCACGUGUCCCCUGUGUGUGUUGCUGAGACCGGAGACAACUUCCCCGGCGGCAUGAAGUGCGUCACCACUGGCUGGGGCCUGACCAACCACAACGCGCUUGAAACUCCUCCGCUGCUGCAGCAGGCCGCCCUUCCGCUGCUCACCAACACCGAGUGCCAACGCUUCUGGGGCAACAAGAUAUCCAGCGUGAUGAUCUGCGCCGGAGCUGCAGGAGCCUCUUCCUGCAUGGGAGACUCCGGUGGCCCCCUCGUGUGCCAGAAAGCCGGUGCCUGGACCCUGGUUGGAAUUGUCUCCUGGGGAAGCGGCACGUGCUCCGUUUCCAGUCCCGGGGUGUAUGCCCGUGUCACGGAGCUGCGUGAAUGGAUGGACAAGACCAUCGCUGCGAACUAA